GGACUGCUGGAGGUCAUCCUCAUUCACCCAGCGAGACCAACGGAGAAGAAGGUGAGCAAUAAGAAGAGUUGAACCGAAGUUUUAAGAAAGAGAGUGAGACGGGUGAAGGUCGAGCAGAGACUGAAGCUGAUUAUCCUGAAGGCCUGAGGAGCGUGCUGCUGAGAGCUUUGCCAUGGCAACCAAAAUAGUAACAUACCGUUGCCAGGAGGAACAGAUGGACCAGAUGUCGCACGGCAUGGAGAUGUCCUCCCAGAUCAAGAAGAAAAAGUUCAAAUCCAGCGAUGAAACGGCUUCGCUCAGUGAAUUCUAUCCCAUCAUUUCCGGUGACGUCAUGUCUGUGAAGGAGGUCCUGACCGAGCCGAAGUUCCCGCGCCACAGGACAUGGGAGGCUCUGAGGGAGACCAUGAGCAGCGAUGAACUGAGAGAGAGAGACCAGUGGACUCUGUUUGGUAAUGAAGCGGAGAAACUGGAGAUCGGGAUGAUCAAGAACCAGCAUGUGGUACGUGAGCGGGUGGAUCGCUUGAGUCUGCGCAGGGAGGCGCAGAAGAAAGCUUCAGCGCACAUGAAGUUUAUCGAGGAUCUGAGCCUGAAGUCGCCUGAUUUCUCCGUCCCGCUGCGAGCGCACACCGUGUGGACGGGCAUGGAUGUCAAACUCUCCUGCAGCGUACAGGGCUGCCCGACUCCCAGCGUCACGUGGUAUAAAGAUGGUGUACCUAUGAAAGGAGCCCUGCCGUGGAACUACAAGAUCCUGCAGAAGUUUGGCCUCAACAUUUUGGAGAUCAGGAGAUGUUCUCUUGAAGAUGCUGGUGAAUAUAAAGUGAUAGCAGUAAGUUCUCUGGGAGAGGCCACGUCAUGUGCCACACUGACAGUCAACUCACAUGAAGGGGCCGAGGCUAAACUCCAACGCUCAUGGACUCCCAUUGUAGCUCCAGAACCAGAAGCUCGGUUUGGCGCCGUCUUUCCUCCGACAUUCGUGAAAGAAGGUGUAGAUUUAUUUCUGCAGUGCAGUUUUACCUCCGCGCUGCUCUCCUUUCAGCAGGACGUGAUGUGGUUCAGAGAUGGUUUGGCACUGCAGCGUUCCAGUGGUGUUGACUUUCAGAGGGGCCAGAGAUCCGCCAGUCUCACACUGAAGAGCGCUCAGAAAGAACACGAGGGGCUUUACACCGUCCGUCUUCACACGUGGGACGGAACCGUCGAGCACAGCGCUUUCAUCUAUGUCAAAGACGCAUCAGCGGCUGUGGUUGGCGCUCCGGGUUCUCCUCUGCAGGUGAAGUGUUCUGAUGUCAACAGAGAUUAUGUGUUCCUCUCCUGGACGCCCCCCAGUGCCGAUGGAGCCGCACACGUUCAGGGUUAUUUUAUAGAGAGGUGUGAUAUAGGUGUUGGGAAGUGGGAGCGCUGUAAUGAUGUCAUGCAGACGCCGUGUCAGUAUCCUGUCACGGGUCUGAAGGAAAACACAAUGUAUCAGUUCAGAGUGUGUGCAGUUAACCAGGCAGGAGUGGGCCGUCCGUCCAAACCCACAGAACCCGUCCUGACCUCUGACCCCCUGGAGCCCAGCAGGACCAUGGUGGUGAAGGUGGAGCGAGGCCGAGAGAUUGUGAUCACUAAACACCAGCUGGAGGGUCAGGUCCGGGUGCCGUUCCGCCCCACUGACGUGCGAGUUUGCGAGCUUAGCGACACCUACGCUGUGCUGAGCUGGAACGAGCCGGAGCCGAGGGGCAGAGAACCUCUCGCCUACUUUGUGGAGCGGUCCAUCGCAGGUAAGGAGAGUUGGCAUCUGGCCAGUAUGGAUCUGACGGUUCUCUCCACGAGGUUUGCAGCGUUUGACCAGCAGAAGGGAAAGUGGUACUGUUAUCGAGUUCGAUCUGUCAACAAGUUCGGCAUCAGUGAGCCGUCACUGCCCAGUGCACCCGUCUGUCUGGGACAGCCGCUGGGAGUUCCAGCCUCACCGCACGACAUCCUGCCCAUCCGAGACAGCGACACCUCCGUUCUCCUCCAGUGGAAAGAGCCCAAAAUAACAGAGGGCAUUCUGGGAUAUUACCUGUACUGCAGUGAGGUUGGAAGUGGGCAGUGGAAGACCGUCAACAAUAAACCCAUCACCAAAACCAGAUUCACAGUUCACGGACUGUCGACUAAUAAACAGUAUGUAUUCCGGGUGAAGUCUGUGGGAUUAGCCGGAAACAGCGUGUACUCAGACGAGUCUCCUGCUGUCCGAGUUAAAUCGGCUAAAUACGUUCCUUCCUGUCCAUCAGCCAUCACUGUACUGAACUGUACAGGAGACGAGAUGCUGAUUGGUUGGAGAGCCCCAGCCAAUCACGGAGGAGACCCUGUACGUGGAUACUAUCUGGACCAGAGGCAGAAGUCUCAGGAAACCUGGAGAGAGGUCAACAUCAAGCCCAUCACAGACAGAACGUACAAGGUCACGGGCCUUCAGGAAGGCCGUUUUUAUCAGUUCCGGGUCUUUGCAGCGAACAUCAUUGGACUUGGAAAACCUUCAGAGGCGAGCGCGAUGUUUCUGUGUGAGCCGUGGACCAUGGCUGAGCCGGGAUGUCCGUAUGACCUGGAGUUUAGGGAAGUGAGACGUAACUCAGUUGUGCUGCUGUGGGCGGAGCCUCUGUACAAGGGCCAAUCAGAGAUCAGUGGGUAUAUAGUGGAGAUCAGUCAGGGGGCGGAGUCUGAGGAUUGGACCCCCGUAACAAAAGAGCCGGUGACGGAAACUCAUUUAAAGGUGUCGGGUCUUCAGUCAGGUCAGACGUUCCGUCUGCGUGUGUCUGCAGUGAACAGCGCUGGCGUCGGCACGUCUUCAGUUCCCUCAGAGUCGGUGAAAGCUCAGACUGAAGCAGGGACCAAAGAGAUCCAGAUCGGGGUUGAUAAUGAUGGCUUCAUCUUCCUGAGCUUUGAAGCUCCUGACGCGGACGAAAGAGAUUUCUUUAAGUGGAAUAAGAACUACAGAGAAGCUAUCGAUGCCGGAAGAGCUCGACUGGAGAACAAAAACAACAGGUCUGUUUUGACCUUCGCUGACGCCUCGCAGCAGGAUUUGGGUCUGUACACAGUGGAGUCGAGCGGACACCAGGACGUCUCGUCUAGUUUCACCUUCACUGCGGAGGACUUGGACAGACUGACAGAGCUCAGCUGGCACAUCAGGAACCCGCUGAUAGCGCUGAAGUCCGGCUGGCAGGUGGACGUGUCUGAACAUGGUCACGUCCGUCUGUGGCUUCAGACGGAGUAUCUGAGCGACGCCGCAUCUCUCCGUCUCAUCCUCAAUGACAGAGAGAUCUCCAGCACACCGGCUCGUAAGAUUAACUUUGACAAGGCGAAGGGUCUUGUGGAGAUCAUGUUUGAUCAACUGUCUAAAGAGGACGAGGGCUCCUACACCGCCCAGUUCAAAGACGGACGCGCCAAGAACCAGUUCACACUUGUCUUUGUGGAAAAGACGUUUCAGGACGCUCUGGCCAGAUCUGAAGCCAACAGAUGGAACUGGAAGAGAAAAUCAGGUCCCCAUUUUGAGGAAUAUUUAUCAUGGACGGUGACCUCAGACUGUGAAGUGAUCAUGAAAUGCAAGGUCACUAACAUGAACAAAGACACACAGAUGAAAUGGUUUAAAGAUGGAGUUGAGCUCACACAGGCGCUGCUGGAGCCGACGGGUGUCAGUACGUUAAUGGUGCCACAGGUGACGAGGAAAGAAGCAGGUGUGUACAGAGUUGUUGUGUCAGAUGGCAGAGGAGAAGAUGAGAGUGUGAUGGAGCUGCUGGAUGAUGAAUUUGACAGGCUCAUGCAGAAGCUGAGUAAACAGUGCGCGCUCUCUGCUGGACCGGUGAGAAUUCAGUGCACUGCUCAGGGUUUUAAGCUCUACUGCUCUCUCAAAUAUUAUCUGAGCUACAUGAAAACCAGCUGGCACUUCAAAGAGAAGAGAAUUGACCAGCAGGAACGGACGAGUACCGGCAGCAGUAUGCAGAAGGUUUGGAUUGAGAUGUUUAACCCCACUGAACAUGAUAAAGGCAAGUACACGCUGGAGAUGUUUGAUGGUCAGGAGACACACAGUCGAUCUAUGGAUCUGUCAGGACAAGCUUUUGCAGAUGCUUUGUUGGAACAUCAGAGACUGAAGCAGGUGGAGUUUGCUGAGAAAAAUCGAGCCAGAGUCACGAAGGGUCUUCCUGAUGUCGUGGCUAUAAUGGAAGAUAAGUCUCUGUGUUUGACGUGUUUUGCUGAUGGAGAUCCAGCACCAGAGAUGUUCUGGCUGAAGAAUGAUCGAGAGCUCACCUCCAGUGGUCAAUACAGCAUCACAUAUGACAACAAGUCCUCCACGCUCACCAUAAACCACGUCACCAUGGACGACUCAGGCAACUACAGCAUCUUCGUGCGAAAUAAGUUCGGAUCGCAGGCGGUUCUUGUGACGGUCAGUGUGUAUAAACACGGUGAAAAGCCUCGAGCAGAUGCAGUGGAGAUGUAAACAGAGACACAAUUUCAUUGGGAGUCACAGCAAAAAAAAAGUUGAAUUAAGAAAAUCAAGAAAAUGACCAUGGCCACUUUAAAACAGAGGAUUCGCCUUUUUAACUCAAUGCAAAUUUCAUUCGUUAAUACAGUGGGAUUUUUUGCAUCUAUGGUCUAAAUAUAUAACAAAUGCCCCCAAGAGUCAUUUCCAGCACUUUCUACAGGCCAUGAAACUAAAUUUGAAAUCUCUAUGACAGUGUCAUUUUUUAGCAUUACAUCUAUCUCAUGUGUUGCUUUAAGAGUCUGUAUUAACAGUAUUGAUAUAAAACACAAUGUCAUAGGCAUCUGUUUCGCUGACUGACAGAAGACAUUGGAGAGUUCAUUUCUGGUGUGUUUGGUUUGUUUAUUUGAUGUGUGGUUUGUUGUCAUUUUACACAUUCAAGUGCCAUUGAAAACUGUUUCUUUAUUUUCAUUCAUGUCACUUAAUUUUAUUUCAAUGUUAAUCAAAAAAACCUUAAACAAAUAAAAUGGU